AUGCGUCAUCAGCAGCCAGCUUAUCACCCACAACCAGUCUACGUACAACAAGCACCAGUUCGUCGAGAACGGGGUUGUUGCGGAUGUCAUCCAACCGGCUGUUGUGGUACCUUGUGCAACAUUCUCUUUUGCUGCUGUUUAGUUGAUCUAUGCUGCAAUAUUAUCGGGUAA